AUGUUCUUUACCGAAUUGUGUAAUACGCUCUUCGAAAAUGACCGGCACUUCUCGCACCUGUCCGAAAUCGAGAGGGAAAUGUCCUUCCGCACGGAAAUGGGAAUGUAUUACUCGUACUUCAAAACGAUCGCGGAAUCGGAGACAUUCAUGGACGGUUGGAGAAAGAUUAGCCACGAUAACAUUUCGGAGUAUGGGAAUGUUAUCAAUGCCGGUAGGAAGUAUAGCUUGCUGCCAGAGCUGGUAGCCGGAUGGCUUUAUCAUUGUGCCAAGGAUUUUGGAAUCAUAUCGAUAGAGGAGUGUUGGCAAAUAGAAAGAGGAGAAGGUGUGCCAUCGGUAACCAGCUGUGAAGGCCUUGGAGUACCUGUGUAUUUUUACUUAGAAAUUGUCUGGUUGAGUACCGUAUUUACUGCAGCCAUACUAUUUUAUUAUUCUGUGUACCUGAGCAACAGUGUGAGCAGUGGAAUUAUCACGAUACUAUUCUUCUUUUACAAUCACAAUGAAUGCACUCGUGUUCAGUGGACUCCACCACUGCGAGAAAGUUUUGCAUACCCAGCGAUACUGUGUCAAAUGUAUAUGCUAACUGCAAUUCUUCGAGAAGGUACCAAAAAAGAAUGGAGAGUACUGCCUAUGGAUUUAUGCGUAAAAAUGGGUUUAUCAACAUUCAUCAGUCUGUGUUGUUGGCAAUUCUCCCAUUUUGUGUUUACCACACAGAUCAUUGCGAUGCUUAUACUUAAAUGGAUGAAAAUAAUACCGAAUAAUUUCUAUAUAAGCAUUUGUGUAAUUCAUGCGUGGCCUACGUGGAUAACAAGGAGUAUAACCGAUGAUGCCGCGUUACUUCGUUCUCUUUACCUUUGCCUUAUGUUCACCAGCACCGUUAUGUGUUUACCAGAGUCUCGAUACGUUGGUACAAAAUUAUUAACAGUUCUGGAAAUUGUACUGGUAACGGUUAGCACAACGUUCUUAAAAGCUUCCAUUUCGUUCAAAUACGAGGACGAUGCACACGUAUACAAUAUAUUGGUGGCGAAACUGACCAGUUACAAGGACUUUCACACAAUGUUGUACACGUGUUCAGCUGAAUUCGAUUUCCUACCAUACAGAAGCUACGACGCUAUUAUAAAGACACUACUAUUACCAAGCGCCGUGCUAGGCGGAAUCCUGGCAGUCUACUUCUGGUACAGAAAUUACAAAGCGAAAGGAUACCCCAAGUGUAUAGAAGCUGAUCUAGCUUACAACGGCCUCCAGACUGGUGCCUUUAUACUCAUGGCAGUGUUUAUUAUGAGACUGAAACUGUUCAUGAACCCCCAUCUCUGCAUAAUAGGGGGCUCAGUCUGCGCGAGCAAGUAUUUAGACAAACUUGGAUUAAGGAAAGACACGAUGAAAAUUGCCAUAGUGAUUCUGUUAAUAUCUGCGAUGUCCUAUCAUGGUCUAGAUAGGCUUCAGGAAGAAAGAAGUGUCAUAGGUGAAUUCAGUAACAUCGAGCAGGAGGAGUUGUUCGAAUGGAUAAAGAACAACACUCCAGAACACGCGGUCUUCGCUGGAAAAAUGUCACUAAUGGCGAACCUGAUGUUGUCCACGGGCAGACCUAUCGUUAACAACCCUUACUACGAGAACAAGGAGAUGAGGGAUCGGACGAUGAAAGUAUACGAGGUCUUUAGUAGAAAAGACGUUUCUUCGGUGUACUCCACUCUGAGGGACAUGCGGGUCGGCUACGUUAUACUGGAGGAGCCAUUGUGCUUUGGCUUUGCCAAUCUACCAGUUGGCUGCCAAAUGAUAGAUCUCUGGGACAUGAUCGAUUACGGGACCGCGAAGGCUAUUGGAAAACCGCCCCUUUGCCCAGUGCUGUUCCGAGGAAACGCUUACCCCUUCAAGAGGGCUUUCGUAAACAGUCGCUACGUCGUCCUGCAACUUGACUAUUCCCAAUACGUGGAACUAAAACCACAGACCACCAUGCCUUUGCAUUACCAGUCCUGAGAUCGUCCGUAUUAGACCAGUGAUCGACGAAGUGAAUAUACAUAUACCUUACACGAGAGAAAAUAUUUUUUCCUAUGAGCCAGUGGAGGGUGGAGAGUGAGACAGCUAUGUAUUAUAUUUCUAUAUGUACAUAUUAUUUUUUUCAACACAGAUGCGUGGAUGUGAGCCAAAGCAGACUUGUUAGCGGAUAGGAUUUAAAUGUUUAAUGUCAGGAUUAAAUGUUAGGAUAAUUUUCCAAACUGUGCGAUGUGUUUCUAGCCCGACUCUUCCUGCGUCCUUUAUUCUGUUCAUGCUAACAACA